AUAUCUUGUCAAUUAUAUCUUUGCUACCAUCCUAUGAGACAUCCAAGAGCAGAUACCAUCAUGUUGAUUUUUAUUUUUAUUUUUUGCAGAUGAUGAAUUUACAACUUGAAGUUGGAGAGGGGCAUGUGAACAUAUUGUCACCAUAAGGGACUUCAAGGAGAUCUUUCCAGAGGCAGAAGAAACAUCUACUUGGAACUCAUGACACAUUGCAGAAGUUAAGGACACAUCAAGUUUUAGCAAAGAGGAAGAGCCUUAUUAAAAGUGAAAGUAUGCAGCAGAUACAGAAUCAGAACACUGGACAGUAAAGGGACCUUGUUCCAACUCCAUCAUUCUACCGAUGAGGAAAACGAGGUCCAGAGAAGCCAGCUGCAGUUCCCGGCUUCUCCUCCUGCCCCAGGGUGCCCCCGGCCCCCACGACGCCACCGCCAUGACGACAGCCAUCCUGGAGCGCCUGAGCACCCUGUCCGUGAGCGGCCAGCACCUGCGCCGCCUGCCCAAGAUCUUGGAGGAUGGACUUCCCAAGAUGCCCUGCACCGUCCCGGAAACGGAUGUGCCCCAGCUCUUCCGGGAGCCGUACAUCCGCACGGGCUACCGCCCCACGGGGCACGAGUGGCGUUACUACUUCUUCAGUCUCUUUCAGAAACACAACGAAGUCGUCAACGUCUGGACCCACCUGCUGGCGGCCCUGGCCGUACUUUUGCGAUUCUGGGCCUUUGCGGAGGCCGAGGCCUUGCCGUGGGCCUCUCCUCACUCCCUGCCCCUGCUCCUGUUUAUCCUGUCCUCCAUUACGUAUCUCACGUGCAGCCUUCUGGCCCACCUGCUCCAGUCCAAGUCCGAGCUGUCCCACUACACCUUCUACUUCGUGGACUAUGUUGGCGUCAGUGUUUACCAAUAUGGCAGUGCCUUGGCCCACUUCUUCUACAGCUCAGACCAGGCCUGGUAUGAGCGGUUCUGGCUUUUCUUCUUGCCAGCAGCUGCCUUCUGCGGCUGGUUAUCUUGUACUGGCUGUUGCUACGCAAAGUAUCGUUACCGAAGGCCUUACCCAGUUAUGAGGAAGAUCUGUCAAGUGGUACCGGCAGGGCUGGCCUUCAUCCUAGACAUCAGUCCUGUGGCACACCGGGUGGCACUCUGCCACCUGGCUGGCUGCCAGGAGCAGGCAGCCUGGUACCACACCUUCCAGAUCUUUUUCUUCCUGGUCAGCGCCUACUUCUUCUCCUGCCCGGUGCCUGAGAAGUAUUUCCCGGGUUCCUGUGACAUCGUGGGCCAUGGGCAUCAAAUCUUCCAUGCCUUUCUGUCUAUCUGCACGCUCUCACAGCUGGAAGCCAUCCUUCUGGACUACCAGGGGCGACAUGAGAUCUUCCAGCAGCGCCAUGGUCCUUUGUCUGUCUACAUGGCCUGCCUUUCUUUCUUUUUCUUGGCCGCCUGUAGUGCUGCCACCGCAGCCCUUCUGAGACACAAAGUCAAGGCCAGACUGACAAAGAAAGAUUCAUGAGGCUUUUGGGUGGAACAGGAUGUAGAUGUGAACGUGGCCCUUGUGAUUUGGGGAAAACUUGAUACAACAAUGGAAGUUGACUUGUUAUUUUUAGGGGUUGAUUUUCAAAUUAAUAUGUAUUUCCAAGGAUAUGCUAUGGCUACAGCAUUUAAAAGCCAAAGGAUUCAAGAGUUUUGUUGUUAAGUAAAGGAAUAUUCCUUUUCCUUCUGGGUCAUAGCCUUAGAAGGAAAGGGAUCUUGGUAAGAUUAAUGAAACACUGAACUGAGAACUAUCUUCAUGCCUGAAAAUUUAGCAAAUUCUGACUAUAGCUUCCAGAGGCAAGUCCUAGAACUGAGUGGAUAAUAAAAUAGUACUGGAAAGUAAGUAGGUUUGUCCUCACCCUAUUGGAAUAACCAUCCUACUAUGCUGGUCUUUGGUAAUUGAAUAAAUUGACCUAAAGACCUUG